UUGAACAGCGCUCUGUGUCUGUCAUCCGUUCCUGACUUAUUCCCGCUGGACACAUCACUGAGAGUGGAUUGAAGUUGUUCCGGUCUCGCUAUGGAUUUGCAGAACUAUUUGCCGUGUGCCGUUGAGUUUCUGGGAAAUUUGGCCCAGGAGGUGAAGAACUACGACUGCUUGUGUCUCCUGUCUGUGGACGAUUGUCCAGAGGUGGGCGAGGAGCUGAAGAAUUGCGCCAAGUACGAUGCUGCCUUUGAGAAGGAGAUUUCGUGCCUUUGGAGCAAGACUCUCGGCGUGAGGAUUGUCUACUCGCCGGUGGGCAAAUUGUCUGACUACGAGGAUGUGAGGAAGUACGGAGUGGCAGCUGGAAAGGCAAUUGCGAGGGCGCGAAAGGCCGGUUCCAAUCGUCCAGUGAUUGUUCUGCCCAGAAACAGCGACAUCAAGCAUGCUCAGCUUAUCACUCUUCUGGGUGCUUUUGAAGAGCUGUAUUUGCCCAUCCAGUAUCGCGAGGAGGUGGCCAAGUUGGAGAAGAUGAGCUGUCUCGGAGUGUUCAACCCGGCCGGCAAGUCUUUCACCCUUGACCUCGCCAAGCAGAUUGAAGUGAGUCGCUACGUGGCCAGAGAUAUCGGUGUUGGCGAUCCUGAGCGAAUGGCUCCGCCCAGAGUGGCGGAAUAUGUGCAGCAAUUCCUCAAGAAGAUGCCCUCGAAGUUGACCUGCAACAUCAUCAGCGAUCCUGUGCUCCUUGUCAAGGAGUAUCCACUCUUCAGCGCUGUCAAUCGGGCUGCGCAUUCUGUCGAGAGACACAGGGGUCAGCUGAUCUUCCUGGAGUACGUGCCGCCGCAGAAGGCCAGGAAGACGCUGAUGUUGGUGGGCAAGGGCGUCACUUAUGACACCGGCGGCGCCGACAUCAAGGCCGGCGGCGUGAUGGCAGGCAUGUCACGGGAUAAGUGUGGCGCCGCCGCUGUGGCGGGAUUCAUGGCGCUGGUGGCGCAGCGGGCUCCCGCCGAUGUCCACGUCGUGGCUGCCAUGUGCAUGGUGAGGAACUCCGUCGGCGAGGAGUGCUACGUCUCGGAUGAGGUCAUCACUUCGCGGGCUGGCGUGAGGGUGCGCGUGGGCAACACCGAUGCCGAAGGCCGCAUGGCCAUGGCAGAUGCGCUGUGUCGCAUGAAGGAGUUGGCAGUGCAGAGCAAGUAUCCGGAUCCGCAUCUCUACACCAUUGCCACGCUGACGGGUCAUGCUUGUCUGGCUGUGGGCGAAGGAUACACCAUUGUGAUGGAUAAUGGGCCAGCAAGGGCGGCAGGACAUGGGCUGCGUCUCAAGGAGACUGGAGAUGAGAUUGGAGAGCCAUUUGAGAUCUCCACUCUGCGUCCGGAAGACUUCCGUUUCCACUCUGGCAAAGUCAAGGGUGAAGAUGUGAUGCAGGCCAACAAUUUGCCAUCAUCCAGGACUCCGCGUGGCCACCAGGGUCCUGCUGCCUUCAUGAUUCUCGCCACUGGACUGGACAAGCACGGCACCAAGUCGGACUUGCCGCUCAAGUACUCGCAUUUGGACAUUGCCGCGAGUGCUGGAGAGUAUCCGGAGAUGCCAACUGGAGCUCCAGUUCUGGCUCUGGCCAAGCUACACUUGAAUUUGUGAAGGUGAAAUUCCUUAAAACUUUCCAACAUCACUGUAUGGAUAUUAUAUCUCUAUUUUUCUACCCGAAAUAAAUUGAAUGAAUCAAA